CAAUUGUCCAAGUUUGACGUAUGUAUUCUGCAAAUAACUUUUAUCAAACAUAAAAGGCGUGCCAGAAAAACAAAUCGAAUCAUAACAAAGUCAAGUUGCAAAAGUUAAUCGAAAAACUUAAUACAAAAAAAGUAGUUAUAAAGUUUUGUAUUUAUUUUUUACCAGUGCAGAUGGAUGGUCAUCUUCGCACUGUACCAAAAAAGCGCACGGCGAACUUUCGCGAAGAUGAGACCAAAUUGCUUAUACAAUUAUGGGGCAACCCGCUGAUACAAAACAAGCUCUUCCUCACACACAGAAAAGCGCCGGUAAUGCGAAUUCUCGCGGCUAACAUGCAACAGCGUGGUUUUUAUAGAACGCCUGACGAAAUUAAAACCAGAAUAAGAAAUUUGAAAUGCCUAUAUCACCGUAUAAAGCGUACUAUGGUCUGUGGCACCGGCUUGGGAACCGUUGAUCCCGAUUGGCCUCACUUCAAAGCGAUGGAUGCCAUCCUCAGUAAGCAAGGACUCAGAAAAGAACAACCUCCAACUUGCAACGAGAGUCUUCUGGAAGGACCCAAGUGUGAAGAUAUCAAACAGGAAAUUGAAAUCGACUUUAACGAUGAUUGGACUACAAACGAUAGUGUUGAGACAGAUUAUGAAGAAUCAGGAACGACGAUUUCAAGUCCACCACCUGUACAACAGGCUGUACAAUCAACUCAAAGUAAUCAGAAAACCGAAAUGGGUAAUUCGUCCCAAAAUGUAUCAAAAACCACCCCAACCGUGGCUAGUUUUCAAAUUCCCACCCAAGCUAUCAAUCAAAACAAUGUCAACGGCAUUAGAACCGCGCCAGGAUCGAUUCCUGUACCUUUACUAAUUUUAAACAGUAUGCAACCUCAACAGAAUCAAGACAAAAGAGGCGACUUAGAGAUAUCGUCAACGUUAAAAAGUUUGUUAGAGAUACAAAGAGAGCACUUAGAAGUAGAAAAGCAACGUUUAGAAAUGGAGAAACAAAAAUUGGAAUUUGAACGAUUGAUCGGAACGCAAAUGGUGGCAAUGUUGCCAAUGUUUGGCGGUUUAUUGCAGAGGAUUUCGAAUCAAAACUCGCCGUCGAAAGGAAAACGAGGUAGAAAACGGCAAAAUAAUGAUGUUCUCGAUAAUUUUAACGACACGAAGAUUUUACGAUCAAUGUUAGAACAGGGUAUUAAAAAGUAUAUGAUGGCUGAAGAAUCGGCUAGCGAAAACGAAAAAGACAGUGAAAAUGAAGACAGCGGCAUUCAUAACGACGACAGUAACGUUAGUAGUAAAUAGAAAAAGUAGUUUUGAGAAGAUUUUGAGGAUUUUAAUGAUUAAAAGGAUUUAAAGAACAUUUUUGUAAAUAGUAUUUUAAAAAAAAC